CACACACACCUCACACACACAGAGACAGAGAAGCACACACACCUCACACACACAGAGAGACUCAAACACAACAACAAAAAAACACAUUUCCAACACUCACUCAGCCUGCUGCUUUUCCAAUAAGGAGUUGUCACCGUUCACAGAAAGUGAUGCCAGUGAGGAUGCUGUCAUGAGGAGAGGAGGGUGUCCGGUGAAUGGAGGCAGUUCCUGUCCCACUGCACUCCAAGACGUCUGUCUCCCUGCUGGUCUCUCUGUCUGGAGGGAAUAAGAGCCAAGCACAGCUGGACUGCAUGGGACCACAGCUAGCCUGGAUGGCUCUGGUUGCAACUGGACCUGGCCUGAGUGAAGACCUCGUCUAAGUUGGGCUAAUUUAGAGCCAAGUUUAGGUGUAGCCCCCAUGCUGGAGCUGGUCUGAGAGGGUCUUUCUGGACCUGGUUUGGAUGGUCAGGAUGAGACCACCUCUCCUGCUGACUGCUGCCUUACUGGCCCUAUGGAACGUUGCCCUGGUGACUGGAGGCUACACAGAUACACACCAAGACAGAGCUGAUGACAGCAACACAGGUGGACACAGAGACACCCAAUCAGACUCCGGUAUAGACGUGCCUCCAAAAGAAUUCCUUCCGGAAACACAGACAGACACAUAUGAUCAACAUCCGGACACAAACCCAGACUCACACCGAAACUCCCAUCCAGACGUACACGAACACCCAGACAGCCAUCGUAUCAGCAGCGGUCUGAUGCAGUGUGGGGAGUACAGCAACGAGGUGUUGCCUAACGGUCAAUGUCGAGUCACAGCCACGCUGCCUCAGCUCCAACACCAGCGCUGCCCAGACAUGUUCCGCUGCACUGACGAAGUGUCCUACUGGCUGCAGGAGAACCAGGAGAGGAAACAGCAGCUGCAGGACCUCCAGGAGACCAUCUCCCAGCUACAGGAGGAACUCCGUAGUCACAGGCACCGAAUCAAGGUCCUGGAGCUACAGGGUGAGGAGAGGAACAACGUGAACGAGUCUUUAGAGGAGCGUUUCAGAGUGUUGGAGCUACAGUACGCUGAGGCUGACAGCCUGUUGCACACCCAUAGUUCCAUCCUGUUUGAUCUGCAGACUCAGGUCCGGAACCUAACUAUGACGGUGGAACGAGUUAAACGCAACCCCGGCUGCAUGAUCAACAUCGUCAGGACCAGUCCUCUGCUCAGCGCCCAGGAGGCCCUUCACCCAGAGGUGCAGCAUGUGAGAAACUGUCCAAUAGACUGUGCAUCACUGUACUAUAACGGGGUGUAUCGGUCAGGUGUCUACACGGUGGUUCCCUCUCUGAGCUCCCAUCCUGUAGAAGUCUACUGUGACAUGGACACAGAGGGUGGUGGUUGGACGGUGUUCCAGCGUCGUCAGGAUGGGAAGGUGAACUUCAAUAGAGGCUGGCAAGACUAUAAGGAGGGAUUUGGAGAGCUCAGGUCUGAGUACUGGCUCGGGAACGAACACAUUCACCACCUGUCCACCCAGGGAGACUACAGCCUCAGGAUAGACCUGGAGGACUGGACACAUCACCACAAACAUGCCUUCUACCAGAGUUUCAGUAUUGAAGAUGAGGAGAAUCACUACCGGCUGCAUGUGUCAGGGUACAGUGGGACAGUAGAGGACUCGUUCAGCUGGUACCAUGAUAAACAGGACUUCAGUACUCCAGACACGGGGGAUAUCUGUGCUGAGAUCUCACACGCUGGCUGGUGGUACCACCAGUGUUUCUAUGCCAACCUCAAUGGAGUCUACUACAAGGGUGGACGGUACUCCUCUAAAGCCAAGACUCUGCUGGGUCCUGAUGGUGUAGUAUGGUACAGCUGGAAAGAUUCAGACUACUACUCUCUCAGGAAGACCUCUAUGAUGAUACGACCUAGAACCUUCAGACCGCGCCUGUCACCGUGACGACAGCCCG